GGGAGGAGCUGCCUAGCGCAUGCGCAGUAUGCGAGGCUGGGGAAUUCAUGUGGAGGUCAGAGUGAAAGCAGGUGUGAGUGGAUGCAACAGAAGGCGUCAUGGCUGCCAAGGUGUUUGAGUCCAUCGGAAAGUUCGGCCUGGCUUUAGCAGUUGCAGGAGGCGUGGUGAACUCUGCCUUGUAUAACGUGGAUGCUGGGCACAGAGCUGUCAUCUUCGACCGAUUCCGAGGAGUACAGGACAUUGUGGUAGGAGAAGGGACUCACUUUCUCAUCCCUUGGGUACAGAAACCAAUUAUCUUUGACUGCCGCUCUCGACCACGGAAUGUACCAGUCAUCACUGGCAGCAAAGACCUGCAGAAUGUCAACAUCACACUACGCAUCCUCUUCCGGCCGGUGGCCAGCCAGCUUCCUCGUAUCUACACCAGCAUCGGCGAGGACUACGAUGAACGGGUGCUGCCUUCUAUCACCACAGAGAUCCUCAAGUCGGUGGUGGCUCGCUUUGACGCUGGAGAAUUGAUUACCCAGCGAGAGCUGGUCUCCAGGCAGGUGAGCGAUGACCUCACAGAGAGAGCGGCGACAUUUGGGCUCAUCCUGGAUGACGUGUCCCUGACACAUCUGACCUUCGGGAAGGAGUUCACAGAAGCAGUGGAAGCCAAACAGGUGGCUCAGCAGGAAGCGGAGAGGGCCAGAUUUGUGGUGGAAAAGGCUGAGCAGCAGAAGAAGGCAGCCAUUAUCUCUGCUGAGGGCGACUCCAAGGCAGCUGAGCUGAUCGCCAACUCGCUAGCCACAGCCGGUGAUGGCCUGAUUGAGCUGCGAAAGCUGGAAGCGGCUGAGGACAUUGCAUACCAGCUCUCCCGCUCGCGCAAUAUCACCUACCUGCCAGCCGGGCAGUCCGUGCUCCUGCAGCUUCCCCAGUGAGGCCUCCCCUGCUUCGACUCCUCAAGCCAACCAGGCCACAACCUCGAGCGUUCUGAAUGGCGCCUACUUUCUGCCCCACCCCAGAAAUCACUGUGAAAUUUCAUGAUUGGCUUAAAGUGAAGGAAAUAAAAGUAAAAUCACUUCAGA